UAUAUAUAUAUAGAUUAGUUAAAAAGUAAUAAAUUAAACUAAUAAAAUGCCUAAAUUAAAUUACUUGACCGAUUGUAUUUUAGGGCUGGGAAUUAAAUCAGAAAUCAGUUCUUCUUCACCUUCACGCGAAUAAAUCAGAAUUGAUUGAGCCUCUGCCUCGACGCGAGUUCACCGUUCAUCUCGCUUUCACCUCCUUCCUUCACCUUCGCCUCUUCUGUCACUCGUCGGAGUCGCUUCUCUUACUCGUUGGAGUUGCGAUAGGGCUGCUAGUAGUUGGACCUUUCUCGCUCACAAAAAUGGCCCCUCCAUCACAAUGACGAUUGGGAAUCAUAUAAUCCUCCAGCGCUCGACAAAGAUAAAGGAGCAAACCUCAUUCUUCACCGAUUUUCUGUAGCCUCUUUGAUAAUCUUCAAGCCCUUUGAUUCUUUCUGCCCCUCUUUUUCCCCUUUCAUUUCCCCAAUUCUUUCUCAAUCGAUCCCGACGCCGAUAAUAAUUUGCCCUCGAUUCAACUGCUGAAUCACCAAAACAGUAGAGGAAUUUUGUUCAUGGAUCCCAACAUCGUGAAAUUCCUCGAAGAAGACGAGGAUGAAACAAUGCACUCUGGGGCGGACGUGGAAGCUUUCACUGCUGAAUUGAACAGAGACAUUGAAGGGAAUGCUUCCACAUCUCAGCAACAACCCUCUGAUUCUGAUAACGGAGCCAUUUCUCACGGAGGCAGUGAAACCGCAAGUCAUUUUCUUCCACAGUGGCAGACUUCAACUCAAGACGGAAUUGUUAACUCUCAAACUGGGCAAGAUAUUGAGGCCAUGGAGGAAAAGGAACAGCUCCCUUCUCAAUCUAGUCAACAACAGCACAUUUUUGAGCCUGAGAAUAGAAAGGAGGACGCUUUUCCACAUAACCCGUCCACGGAAGCUAGUUCACAACGGCAAGAUGAUGGGAAAAAUGUUCCCGCCUCCAAUCCUAUGGCUGCUCAAACAUCUCGAGAACAGCCGAUCCAUAUCCAUGACGUGGAUAGCGAAUCCAAUCUGGAAAGAGAGUCCCAAAUGGAGAAACUACAAAAUAUCAGUAAUCAUUCGGUCAUGGGGAUGGGUUCAAAUGAUCAACGGCCUUUGUUGAUGGAGUCCAAAGAUCAGCAAACUGUAGGGACGGUGAUUAGUAGCCAACAGGCGAUGACUUCUGGAUUGAAUAAUCAACAGUCAAUGGCAGGUGGUAGUCAAAAACAGCAAGGUAGUUCGUUGAAGUUGAACAGACAGGUGCCAUUUGGCAUGUUGCUUCCUAUAAUACAACCCCAACUUGACAAGGACAGGGCUAUGCAGCUUCACACACUUUACUUUAAACUGAAGAAAAAUGAGAUCUCUAAAGAUGGUUUUAUCCGACACAUGAGAAGUAUCGUUGGGGACCAGAUGUUAAAGAUGGCCGAUGUCAAGAACACACAGAUUGCUUCCAAUCAAUUUCAGUCGCAGCCUCAGACUUCUGCCCGACAAAUGCAACUUCCAUCAAAUGUAAGCAGUUCAACAAGCAAUGUCAAUACACGUGAAGAAACGCAGACGGAUUCACCGGGAUUGCAAGCAAGCCAUAUGCCAACCCCCAGUCCAAGUUCCCUAACCCAUGACCGAAAGCAUUCUUCUUUUCCUGGACAAGGACUUAACAAGCAACCACAUAAUAUGCAUUUAUCGCAGGCAUCUUUCCCCACAUACGGAUCCACAGCAAAUAGUUAUCCACCUUUCACCACACCUAAUACUGCACCUCAUAUGAGGCAGGGUUCAACGCACCAGAACAUACCCAUGAAUCACCUGGGACACACGGCUGCACCCACUGGCAUGCUACACCCGUCCAAUUUUGACCGGGCCCAUCCUCUUGGUGAAGCCAAGAAAAUGCAGCAGGGAGGUCUGUCUCACGUGCAGCAGAAAACCGGUGUUUCUCCAUCAACGACGCAUGUGAAACAAGAAAACCUUGAUCAGCCAGUUGAACAGCAUAAUGCCCUGCAAGGGUCAACUUCCUUGUCCCGUGGACCGCUUAAGCAAGGUGGUGCUGCCUCUGGUAAUUUGAAGAAUGAACCUUUUGAGAUGCAAUCAUCUAGGAUGGGAUUUGCUCCGUCUACGAAUGUGGUCUCCAUGAAUUCUGUUUCCUCUUCAAAUCCAAGCCCAAUGGACAUUCAGCUGUACUUCAUCCUUUUGCCGCUUCCUUUCGGUCUUUGUCAGUCACAACCCCGUUCAAUAACACCCUCCAUGGGAAUUGGAAAUAAUUCGAAGGCUGCCCCCAAAAAGCCUUUGGCUGGUCAGAAGAAGCAAAUGGAACCACCUGGUUCUUCUCCUCCAAGUAGUAAGAAGCAAAAAGUGUCUGGAGGCUUUUUGGAUCAAAGCAUUGAGCAUCUCAAUGAUGUUACUGCAGUUAGCGGAGUUAAUCUAAGGGAGGAAGAGGAACAAUUGUUUUCUGGCGCUAAGGAAGACAGCCGGGUUUCAGAGGCUUCUCGAAGGGUUGUUCAAGAAGAAGAGGAAAGACUGAUUCUGAACAAGAUACCACUUCAGAAGAAAGUGGUGGAAAUAAUGGCAAAGUGUGGUUUGAAGAAUAUGACCAAUGACGUGGAGCGAUGCUUAUCCUUGUGUGUGGAAGAGAGAAUGCGGGGACUCAUAUCUAAUCUCAUCAGACUCUCAAAGCAGCGAGUUGAUUUUGAGAAGCCAAGACACAAAAUUAUUGUCACCUCAGAUGUUAGACGACAAAUCUUGACUAUAAACCACAAAGCUCGCAAAGAGUGGGACAAAAAACAGGCUGAAACUGAGAAGUCCCAAAAACCAAAUGAAACUGAGAAUGCUUCUGGAGUUGACGGUGACAAGGAUAAAGAUGAAACCCGUGGAAAAUCUGCAAAGGCUAACAAGGAGGAAGACGAUAAAAUGCGGACUACGGCUGCAAAUGUUGCUGUUCGAGCAGCCACUGGUGUUGAUGACAUGCUGUCAAGAUGGCAAUUAAUGAUUGAAGCCAAGCAAAAACAGGGAGGCUCAGAUUCACUAUCAGGCCCUCAGCCCGUAAAGGAAGUGGCGGCCCGAAAGUCUUCUGCGACAUCAUUGAAGAAAACGAGGGAAAAUCAAGAAGCUGACAGACGAGAUCCUUCGGCUGCAACCCCUGCAUCAGUUAGAAAAAUGGGAAGAAAUCAAGUUGUUAUACCGCGGGUGGUUAGAAGCAUAUCGGUUAAGGACGUGAUUGCAAUUUUAGAAAGAGAACCUCAAAUGUCGAGAUCUACACUUCUCUACCGGCUUUACAACAAAGUCACUGCUGAUGCUGUCGUUGAAUGACCCAAACGGCUCCUUUUAUCCAUAAAAUGUGCAGAUAUAUAACUGCAAAACCUUUUGUUUGUUUGAGCACUUGUAUAGAGAUAAGAAUAGUAUGAAGAAAAGCACUUGUAACUUCUUUUGUUUGUGUGUCGUCUGUGCAACAUGCUGUAGUUUCAUUGAGUAGUUAAUAUUUCUGGGUGCCAUAGGUUUCAUGUGCCGCUCUUUGCUUAUUUUAGAGUAAUUUGAAAGUUUUUGUGUGAAGAUCAUUUUUGCUGACAUAAGUGGCAGUAUUCUCGUCAAUAUAAACCAUUGAUUUUUCUACAUCAAUAUAAAAACGC